GUAUAAACCAAAGUAAGCAGCUUAACAACAAAGCACCAUUUCUCUUCCCUCAACUAAACUCAUAUUCCAAAACGCAGAGCCAAACCAUGUCGUUCCCCUUCAACCACUCUCACGCCACCCACACCCACCACCGCAGGGACGACGACGACGACGAACGACCCACCGUUUACCCUCCGCCGGGAAACUCCUUCAGCAACCCGCCACCUCCGUUCUACGGCGUCCCUCAACCACCACCCCCUCAGCCGGAGACCCACGUGUUCCAUUCCGCUCACGUGACACCAGGACACGUGUCCCAUGACUUCAACAACUACUCCGCUCCCCCGCCUCCACCCCCUUCCCACCAUCAUCAUGAUCGUCAUCAUGACUCCUUCACCCACGCUUACCCACCUGCUCCCGCUGCAGCUGAUUACCCCGCUCACGGAGGCAGCAGUACCACCGUGCACCACGUGGCUCACGAGUCCCACCACCACACCCCCCAUUCCGCUUUCUCCUCCCACAACAACGCACCCCCCACCACUGUUCAUCACGUGAGCCACCAGGUUAACACCGGUGGUCUCUCGACCAAACCCACUGUCAGGGUUUUCACCAAAGCUAAUCCCAAUUUCUCUCUCACCAUUCGUCGCGGCCAAGUCAUUCUCGCUCCCUCCGAUCCCACCAAUGAGUACCAGCAUUGGUAUAAGGAUGAGAAGUACAGCACGAGGGUGAAGGAUGAAGAGGGGUGCCCUGCUUUCUCUUUGAUCAACAAGGCCACUGGUGAGGCCUUGAAGCACUCCAUCGGUGCUACUCAUCCAGUUCGGCUGAUACCUUACAAGCCAGACUAUCUUGAUGAGUCUAUUCUGUGGACUGAAAGCCGUGACUUAGGAGAUGGCCACAGAGCUAUAAGGAUGGUCAACAAUGUUCAUCUUAAUGUGGAUGCUUUUCAUGGCGAUAAGAAUUCUGGAGGUGUGCGUGAUGGCACUACAAUAGUCCUCUGGGACUGGAACAAAGGUGAUAACCAACGGUGGAAGAUCUUACCUUACUGAGUAAAAUUGACGGGAUUUGUGAGUGGCUUUGAAGAUGCAUUAAGUUGAGAGGACUAUUGGCCCUUCUAUUUGAGUAGUUUGGUGUUGUCUAGAGUAUGAAUGGUGUGUAUUGCAUUUACUGGUACCAAGCAAUCGGCUUUUUUCAAUAGAAUAAGUGUGUUUAUCUAAUAUUUAUUGCAUACAUGUGGCACUGGUUAAUGUGCUGAUUGCCAUAUAUAUAUUGGUAUACAGUUCAUGUAUCUUCUUACUAGUAUAUCUUAAUGUGAUUCAGUGUGAACAAUUACUGCUGUUGUUACUUGUUACAUCUA